AGACUAGAAGUCUUUUUCAAUGCAUUUACAUUAUUGUUUCUAAAUUGUAUUUAUUUUGGUUGGCUGGCUUUCAGGUUUUUAUGGGCUGAUCAGUUUUCAGUUUGUAUUUCCUCUCGUCAUGCAAAGGGCGGGUACUGAGUCUGAUUUAAAGGACGCUGCUAGAGCAGACAACACCAUUCAGAGAAUAAGAACAGGAUGAACGGGAAUAAUCAUUCUCUUCUACACGACUGCACUGCUACCAGCAUGCAGGACACGCUGGUACUGCAGAACACGUGGGACCUAAUGAGAGCCAAUGACAACUUGCUUAAAUCAUUAUUCUUUCCAGUAAUUUUCUCUUUCACAGUCUACAUGGGAUUUUGCUUACCAUUUGUGCUGUUGGAUGUCCUCUCACCUAAAAUGACUUGUUUAAGAAAGUACAAGAUACAGCAACAGAAUUACCCUACUUGGGCAAUGAUGCGAAGCUGCAUAAUGCAGACUGUCUACAACCACAUUGUCUUCAUUUUUCCAUUGACUGUCGCUCACUGGUACUGGAGACCUGUCAGUUACCCGGUGCAAGCCCCGGGGCUCGUGAAAGCACUAUUGGAUAUUUUCGCAUGUCUGUUGCUGUUUGAUUUCCAGAAUUUUGUCUGGCAUUUGAUGCAUCACAAAGUUCCUUGGCUUUACAAAAACUUCCACAAGGUUCAUCACAAGUAUACAUCCACGUUUGCACUGACCACUGAGCAUUCCGGUGCCUGGGAGACGCUUUCCUUGGGAUUCUUCGCUGCCAUCAACCCCUUGCUGUUGAACUGCCAUCCUUUGACAGAAAUGAUGUUCUUUGUUGUCAACAUUUGGCUGUCUGUUGAAGAUCAUUCUGGUUAUGAUUUUCCAUGGUCUACCCAUAGACUCGUACCAUUUGGACUUUUUGGUGGGGCGCCACACCACGACGGUCAUCACAUGAAGUUCAAAUUCAAUUACGCACCUUAUUUUACACACUGGGACAGACUCUUUGGCACUUUGUUGAAAACCCAAGUUAAAGACCACUAAAUGAACAAAACAUUUAAGAAGCAAUACUAAAAUGUUCCUGCUGGGCAGUAACAAUAUAUAUAGACCCUAUGUGUGUGUGUGUGUGUGUGUGUGUGUGUGUGUGUGUGUGUGUGUGUGUAAGUGUGUCAGAUAUUUAAAUUAUUUAUUUUAUAUUAAAAGAAUGCAUAUUUUAUUUCAAAUCUAAUCUAAUUUAUUAUUGUUAUUGUUAUUGUUAUUAUUAAUACAUUAUUGCUAAAUUAUAAAUUUACAAAUGCUGUCUGUUUUUUUCAUAUGAAGUAAAAUAUAGUAAAAUAUUUACAUUUUA